AUGAAACAAAGGUUCUCAGCUUUAGAUAUCACCGCAAUUGGUGCAGAAUUGCGAGAGGAAAUUAUUGGUUGCCGUUUAAACAAUAUUCAUGACUUGAACCCGCGUUCAUUCUUAUUGAAGUUUGGAAAACAGGACAAGAAAUACUCACUGGUCAUUGAAAGUGGAUUUCGUGUUCACUUGACAAAGUUCCAACGUGAAAAUGCCCAACUUUCUGGAUUCGUCUCAAAACUACGUAAACAUAUCAAAUCCAGAAGGCUAACUAAUGUGUCACAACUGGAUACCGAUCGUGUACUCGUGUUUACAUUUGGUGGAGGUGAAAACGAUCAAGAUCCUUCAUGGACAUACUACCUUGUCUGUGAGUUUUUCGCAGCCGGAAACGUCUUAUUACUCGAUGGUUCUCAUAAAAUUUUGAGUUUGUUACGCGUUGUUACAUUUGAUAAGAACCAAGUUUAUGCUGUUGGUCAACAUUAUAAUCUGGAUCAAAGCCGGUUAACGCACAACAUGGGUAACCAGCAAAAAAUGCCUCAGAUGACAUUCGAAAAAUUGACACAACUAUUGGAAGACGUAGCUGGAAAAUCCAAGGCUGAGAAAAUGGCCGCUUCCCAAAAACCAAACGGCAAACAGCCAAAACCCAUUACCCUUCGUAAAGCCUUGACAGUUCGUCUGGGAGAGUAUGGUAAUGCAUUGGUAGAGCAUUGUAUCCGACAAUCAAAUUUAGAUCCUUUACUCCCAGCUGAUCAGUUAAGUGCCGAUGAAGACAAAAAGAGAGAGUUGCUCUCCGCUUUUCAAGCAGCGGAUGGUAUUCUGUCUUCUAUGGUAAAACCACCUGUUAAGGGCUACAUAUUUUCCACUCAGCAAAACAUCCUUGCUGAUCCCUCUACUUCUAACAACGAAGAAAAGAAGGAUAUGCUCAUGUACGAAGACUUCCAUCCUUUUAAGCCCUUACAAUUGGUGCAAGCAAAUCGUGUUUGUAGCGAGUUCCAUUCGUAUAAUGAAUGCGUUGAUGAAUUUUUUUCCUCUAUAGAGACGCAAAAAAUGGAAAAAAGAGCUCAUGACCGUGUUAUGACUGCUGAACGCCGAAUUCAUUCAGCAAAAGAUGACCAAGAACAGAAGAUUAAAAACUUACAAGAAGUCCAGCAACUCUCGUCCUUGAAGGCUGAGGCUAUCGAAACAAACUCAGAGUUGGUAGAAGCUAUUGCUUCGUAUAUAAACAAUCUCUUAAAUCAAGGAAUGGAUUGGUUAGAUAUCGAAAAACUCAUUCAAGUUCAAAAACGGCGCAGUCCCGUUGUUGCUUGCAUAGCCCUUCCUCUCAAACUAAAAAAUAAUGCGGUAAAUAUCAUGCUUCCAAAUCCCAUUGUAUCAUCAGAACCUGCAGAUGAUGAUUAUGACCUUUCGGACGAAGAUGAGUCAGAGACAGAUUCCUUUAAAAAGCCCAAACAAGAAGCCUCAAACGUUGUUGUCGAAAUAGACUUGUCACUAGGUGCUUAUGCUAAUGCUCGUAGGCAAUACGAGAAGCGUCGAGAAGCCAUAGUCAAAGAAACGAAAACUUUGGAAGCUGCUUCAAAAGCUUUAAAAAAUACGCAAAAAAGAAUUGACCAAGACUUGAAGCGUUCAACAAAUGCUGAACACCAAAGAAUCCUUCCAACAAGGAAAGCAUUUUUCUUUGAGAAGUUUCAUUGGUUUUUCUCUUCUGAAGGAUACUUGGUCCUUGGAGGGCGCGAUGCUCAACAAAAUGAAUUACUGUUUACAAAGUAUUGUAACAAAGGUGAUAUCUUUGUAUGCGCUGAUUUACCAAAGUCUUCCAUAGUUAUUGUUAAAAAUCGAAACGCAAAUGAUCCUUUACCGCCAAACACCAUGCAACAAGCAGGUUCAUUGGCAUUGGCCUCUUCAAAGGCUUGGGACUCGAAGACAGUUAUCAGCGCUUGGUGGGUUCAUAUUGAUCAAGUCUCGAAAACAGGAUAUGCGGGUGAUGUUCUUCCAGCAGGCAGUUUUGCCAUUCGAGGUUCUAAAAACUACUUACCUCCAAAUGUGCUUACUAUGGGUUAUGGCAUAUUGUGGCUAUUGGACGAACAAAGCACUGAACGCCAUUGCCAAAAACGUAUCGAAUCAGAGCUACAAAAUACCGAACAAAAAAUAUCCGAACUUAAAAUUGAUGAGGUUGAAGCCAAGAGCUCUCAACCAAGAGAAGUCUUGGUUCCAGAUAGACCGGAACUUAAAGAUACUUUAAUUGAAGGAGCGUCCAAAAGUUCGAAAUCACAAAGUGUAUUUGAUCAUGAUGUCCAUAUUGUAAGUGAAAAAAGAGGUAAAAAAGGUUCCAAACCUAUAACAGCCAAGAAGCCCCCCGCAAAGGAGAGAAGGGAAGCUCGUAAGCAAAGGAAACAAACUGCAUUGGAGGAAUCAUCUAAGAAACCAGUCUCCAUUGAAGACGCAUCGGAUCCCCAAGCGAUUCUAGCUAUCUUGAAACAAAAGAAGAAGAAGAAAUCGAAUGAAAUACCAUCACCGCCAGAACCUAAAGUCGAGAAGGAGGAAUUGGAAACCCAAAAAGAAGAGAGCGAAUCGAAGACUGUGGAUGCUGAUAAGGGUCCUGAGAAUAAAUCUCAAGAAAUUAAAGAGGCUACACCUAAUGAGGAGGAUAUGUCGGCAUUAAAGCCUCAAAGAUCCGAGAGAAAGGUGAAGGAAACUAAAAUCGAACGUGAAGAUAUGACUCAGGACUUGUACGAAGAAAUGCUAUAUGCUCGCGAUGCUUUGACACCCAGCCCAGAUACUGAAGAUGUUAUUAUCAAUGCAGUACCCACGUUUGCUCCUUAUAGUACGAUGGCCAAAUUUAAUCUUAAAGUGAAAGUUACUCCCGGAUCCGGAAAAGUUGGUAAAUCCGCUCGAGAAUCAAUUGCUCACUUCACAAAAACUCUUGGAAAACCUUCUUCCAAUGAAGUGAAAAUUUUGGAAAACCUGAAAGAUGGAGAAAUUGUUGCGCCAUUUAGUGUUAACCGACUGCGGGUUGUUUUUGGGUCUAGCACCAAUUCAAAGAAAUCCAAAAAAUAG